CCCCCGUCCACCCCCCGGUUCAGGGCUUCUCACCCAAGCGCCCUGACUUCAUCCCCGUCUACCUGUCCGCAUUUCCCUCUUCCGCUCGACGGUUUCUCGACAUUAUUAUCUUCUCCUAUCUUCCUCCUGAGGGGUUGAUUGAUUGAUUGAUCGUUCGAUCGAUCGUCGAUCAGGCUCGUGCGAUUUGGCCGUGAAAAAUGGCCCAACAACAGAGUGACGACAAUGUCAUGCGAAGAAAGCUAGUUAUCAUCGGCGAUGGUGCUUGUGGGAAGACCAGUCUUCUCAGCGUCUUCACCCUUGGCUACUUCCCAACCCAUUAUGUCCCCACCGUUUUCGAGAACUAUGUAACAGAUUGUCGGGUGGAUGGACGGUCUGUCCAAUUGGCCUUGUGGGAUACCGCGGGACAGGAGGACUACGAGCGUCUGCGCCCGCUGGCCUAUUCCAAAGCGCACGUCAUCUUGAUCGGCUUCGCCAUCGACACCCCGGAUUCGUUGGAGAAUGUAAAGCAUAAGUGGGCCGAAGAGGCAAACGAACGAUGUCCAGGUGUGCCGAUCAUCAUAGUGGGCUUGAAGAAAGAUCUCCGGGACGAUCCCAUGGCGAUCGAAGAGAUGCGGAAGAAGUCACUACGUUUCGUCACGGCCAAGGAAGGUAACGACACCUCGACGUCGCUCGGCGCGAGGAAAUACCUCGAGUGCUCGUCCUUGACCGGCGAGGGAGUCGACGACGUCUUCGAAGCCGCCACGCGGGCCGCCCUCCUCACGUUUGAAAAGCGGAAAAGCUCGUGCUGCAUUGUCCUAUGAUGGAUCCAAGUCGCAUUGUAACUCCAACGACUUUCUCCCACCAGUCAGAGACACGCCUCCGCCCGGCCUUCAAUAGAUGUUGGGCCAGCCCAUCACGACAACCCACGUGUCUAUCGCUGGUGGGAACCUAACAAAAAAAAAGGGGGGACUGAAGAGACUGAAGUCGACGACGUUCUCGCCGUUGAUCGAUACUUGCAUUAUUGGGCGUUUGGGUAGGCUUUCUCGACCGACAUCAGGUCAUUUCUCUUCCUUGCGACGUUGCGUCUGUAUAUGGUACGAAAACACGUCUUAUUCGAUUCUCUCUCUUAUCUUAUCUUUUGGGCGGAAAUACGCUCCCCCAUAACGGUCAUUCUCUUCGAUACGCACGCGUUGCAGUCCGAAUUCUCUCCUUGAUGAUUUCUCCGAUCUAUCGGGCGUUAUUAUACCAACUGUCAUGAUACUCUCAUUUCGCCAUUUCAUUUCAUUCUAUGUUUGUCUUUGACUUUGAUUUACGCACAUUCUUUAUCGUCUAGCGCGUUUUUUCUUUUUUUUCUUUGUUUUCUUUGACUUGUUUGAAGCAAUCGUUGCAAUCGUUGCAAUACAUUCAUACGUUCGAUCAGUGUGUUUAUAUCAAUCUUUACUACUUUACUUACUUUACUUUGACCUAUCA